AUGGCGUCUGCCGGGCCGGUCAAAGGCACGAAUCGAGGUUACGCGACGAGGUCGUACUUCACGUCGCGGGGUGGCGACGCCCAUGGGUCCGCUUCAGCCGAAACAGCCUCGGACCAGACCUUCCAGCCAUGGAUUCACCAAGCCUCGCGCACAGGCUCGGGAACAGGUCCUCGAAAGGAGCAGAGCAACGGGAAGGGAAGCGAAGCUUCCGGAACAGCAUCAGCAGCUUCUGAUGAUGAAGAUGCUCGCGCUCGUGCUGACAUCAGCAAAACGGCUAACAUCAUCACGGAACGAGUGGACGGGAAGCUCUACACGGUGAAGCUGAGAUCUCUCUACUCCGCCUUCUGUCCACGUGGCAUGCUGAUAAUGGCUCACUUCCACAUUGGAGCACUUCCACAUUGGAGCACUUCCACAUUGGAGCACUUCCACAUUGGAGCACUUCCACAUUGGAAGCACUUCCACAUUGGAGCACUUCCACAUUGGAGCACUUCCACAUUGGAGCACUUCAGUGAUCAGGGCACUCUCUUCCCCAUGCAGAUGCUUUUGAGUCGACUCAAAAUCAGUGAUCAGGGCACUCUCUCCUCCAUGCAGAUGCCUAUGGCGGUGAUAUCAAUGGCGGUGAUUUCAGUGCACAGGGCGCUGGAGCACUUUUAUAUGGCGGUGAUCUCAGUGCGCAGGGCGCUGGAGCACUUUUAUCUUAUGGCCGUGAUAUCAGUGCGCAGGGCGCUGGAGCACUUUUAUCUUGCUCGAACCGUGUCUGCCCCGCUGGCUGUGGAAGCUGACCAAGGGGUGAGUGAGCUGAUCGUGUGGAGAGGAAUGAACGCGGCGAGGGAAUGCAGAAAGAGGGAGCACUUCUAUCUGGCUCGCACCGUGUCUGCCCGCUGGCUGUGGAAGCUGACCAAGGAUCCCAUCCCCACUGGUCAUGCGCAAGUCAGCCAUUCGCGAAGUCAGCAGCGGAUGACUCACAAGCAGUGUACGAGGCGUCUCAAACCACUUCCUCCUUUUUCCGCCUUCUCUCCCUCCCAACGCCCCUCUCCAGACCCCACCCAAUCAGCCAUCGCAGAGUCAGCAGCGGAUGACUCACAAGCAGUGUACAAGGCGUCUCAAACCACUUCCUCCUUUUUCCGCCUUCUCUCCUUCCAACGCCCCUCACCAGAUCCCCCCAGUCAGCCAUUCGCAAGGUCAGCAGCAGGGGACUCACAGGCAGUUGUUAAGGUGCCCUCCCUUCUUCCCUUUGCUCUUCCGUUCGCUAUCUUCCCUCCCUCCAUAUGCCCCACACCAGAUCCCACCCAGUCAGCCAUUCGCAAGGUGGGCAGGGGUCUCACAGGCUCCCCUCUAAUCAAAUCCGUUACAAUCACCAACGUCAGAGGUAUAAGCGUCUGCCUCUCUUAA